GGCCACUUCCGGGUCAUAGGUCCCGCCCCCUCGUUUCCGGAAGUGGAAGAGCGCGGUGUUGCCAUGGCGGCCUCUCUGGGGCAAGUGCUGGCCCUGGUGCUGGUAGCCGCCUUGUGGGGUGGCACGCAGCCGCUGCUGAAGCGGGCCUCGGCCGGCCUGCAGGAGGUGCAGGAGCGGAACUGGGCGCGACAGUUGCUGCAGGAGAUGAAGACCCUUUUCUUGAAUACUGAGUACCUGAUGCCCUUUCUGCUCAACCAGUGUGGCUCCCUUCUCUACUACCUCACCUUGGCAUCCACAGAUCUGACUCUGGCUGUGCCCAUCUGCAACUCUCUGGCCAUUGUCUUCACAUUGAUUGUUGGGAAGCUCCUUGGAGAAGAUGUUGGUGGAAAACGAAGCCCUGGCCAUGAGGCGCGGACAGUGAGCACGUGGACCAGCUCUUGCUCUGAGCCCCAGCCUCCUCUUCUCAUCUGGAGAUAACGGCUACCUCAUGGAUCACAGCAAGAGAGGAGCAGAGACGGGGUUUUGUGACCUUCACUCCGUGUUCAGUUGCUGGGCAUUAGCCCGGGAGACUUUACACUAGCUCUCAGCAGCGGCUGCUAACCUGGCCUGCUCCACACUCUCACUGUGGCAGGUUCCAUGGAGUGCAGAGCCCACCUGCGUGGAAAGGGCCAGCUGCCGUCUCUGUGUCAGAAGUGAGACCCAGAGACCUCCAGGGCCCGGUCAGAGUACCUUGACUGACAGAGGGCGAGACAGUGCAUCAGAAUGGCAGGUAGGAGAAAUGAGCGGCCUGUCCCCCUUGAGGUAGGUGAAGAUGCUCAACUGUCAACCCCUCUCAGACUGUGAGCCCAGUACCAGGUCCUGAAGCGGCACCAGUGCAACCUCUGGCCGGUAGCAGCCUUCAAUAAAUCUGCACUAAACAGA